AUGAUGCAGCAAUCGAUCGGAAAUAGCACUAUUGGAUGGAGUUCUACAGUUUUAUAUCAAAACCGCAUACUUCUAGGAAUUGGGUUGCUAGGUACAUUUCUUCAUUCCUUGCUGUGGUUUCAGCUAUUCUUUCAUAGAAUUCCACUUGAUCUUAGCCUUAUCUUCCCAGCCUGUUAUGUUUCUACCGAUAUAUUUAUCUUAUUAUCAUACCUUGUUCAAUAUGUUAUUCGUAGUACAGCAACAACACCAACAUGGCGUGCUUCUUGUUACUUCGAAGCAUAUUUUGCAUUUUAUUUCAAUAUUCUUGAAUCGUUCUAUUUAACAUUGCUACACAUUUGUCGUUAUUUGCAAAUUGUUCGAAAUAAAAACAUCUAUAUGGAUCAUCGGUAUCUUGUUUUGUUCAUGUGUAUAAUAGUUCCGGCAUUGAUUCUCAUGAAUAUGAUCAUUCAACAUGAAAUGGCAUGGUCUAUUGUCAUCGAAAAACCGGGAUCAAGUUGUUCAUUGGUUUACACUUCUCUAUCGAUUCGUGUUUGGAAUGUCAUCGUCUUCUUUUGCUUACCAAUUAUCCUUAGUUUUAUGACGUCGAUUCGAAGUUUAUUCUAUGUCAAACAAACGUGCUCUCAACAAAUGAUGAUACGUCGAAAUCAUCAUCGCCGUUUGAUCUAUCGCUUUCUUAUCUUCUUUACAAUAUGGUUUAUUCUUUGGGCGCCAUCUGUCUUAUUGACUUUUCUUGAUAUUCAUACUGUUGGUAAUCAGAUCAGAUUUAUUUUCACUGCAGCAAAUGGAUUAGAAGCAAGUAUCGAUGGAGUUCUAGUUAUCAUGUUAGACACACGUUUUCAGAUGGUCUGGCAAAAAUCUCAUGACGCCAUUCUUCAACGACUAGGCUGGCAGAAAACAAACAAAGUAAAACCGGUGAUUCAAGCAAUGUCUAUUAUGCACGAUAGAACAUGCUCAGCGAAGAACAAUAUGCAUGUCACCCAUUAG